AUGCCUUCCAAACCCAAACCUCUCAAACCUCCAAGACACACACCCAAAGUCGUUGCGAUCAUUCUUUGCUUUAGCAUCCUUCGAGUUAACGACAAAGUUGUGUCUGAGCUAAUCAAGUUGAAAGACCCUGGCACCGUAGAAAUCGAAGCCAUAGAGUGUCAAGCACGCCGCGGGUUCCACGAAAGGUCUGACUUCCCCAACCGAGGAAUGACCAAGGCGGGAGUCGGCGAGUUAGUUGCACGAAAAGUCGUUCCGGACUAUGACGAGAUCAUAGCUAUCACCGAAAUAGACGGAGAAUGUGAGGAAGUGCUCAGCAAGCAUUCGGAUAUUCCACUGGCAGAGUUGAAAGAUGGUAUCAAGGAGAUUAGAGCCGCAGCUAUGAAGACACUGAACAUCGGGUGCGACUACGACAUUGGCCAGGACUUUAUUCAAGGGAAUCAACCGCGAUCGCCUUCACAAGAUUUCAAGGAGUAUGUAGUCGAAAGCCAAUUUCGCCCCUUACCGACAUGGUUCCAAGAACAAGCCAUCGCCGUCGCAAGCAUUCAAGAAAUGGUCAUCCGAUCCCGUUUUAGGCCGUGA